AUUAAUUCACUUAAAUUAAUUAAAUUAUUCCAAAUCACUAAGCAAGGGAAAUGUUUCAUCAUUUUAAUGAAAGGAAAACAGUUUCGUUUGGAGGGGUAGAGGAAUACACCUGAGCCUUACCCUGACCCCGCCUGCUCUCCCUCAGGUCAAUGCGGGUCAAAAAUAAACCUGGCUUCUUCCUUUGAGGAUCUGUCUCGAAACGUGUUACGUUCUCUAUUCACACUUAUUCUGUUCUUUUCAUUUUUAUUUUGGAAAUGGUAAUGAAUCUACUAAGAAACAAAUCUCAUAAUUUUAAAAAAAGGAAUUUGUGCACAACAUUUGCUGCUCAAAACUGUGUGGUAUUUAUAAGUAAAGUCCAUGGGAUUGCUCUAGUCUUGGGAAAACAAGUACAUUGUGCACGUCAUCCAUCUCCUGUUUCUUCCAGCAAUAAUAGUCAUGACGUAAACGAUUGUGCUUGGAGGAUGCUGCUCGAGUUUCCAGUCAAGGCACUGAACCUUCUGUCUACCAAACUGACGGAAUACGAUAAAAUCUAACAAACAAGGGCUUGAAAUGAGAAGAAAUCGGAGCACUUUUAUUAGCAUGGGACAUACAUUAUAAUGGCUGAUGAACGUUCCAAGACAAGCAUCCCUAUCAGUACUCCUUGUGUUAACUUGUGUUUGUUCUGAGUUGAGGAUCUAAAUCACAGGGUUACUAAGGUGCAACACCUGAGCUAUGAUACAUCGUCACGGCAACAGAGGAGGGUCCUUGUCAUGCACAGGUUAUCUCAAAAACAACUUCACUCACUCCUCAAAACACUUUGUUAGCGAACACGCCUAAAGUUCACAUCUCUGUCCUGAACAAGGUGGUCUGCAGCAGCCAUGCCCAGUAAACUGGAGGGAGCCAUGGAUGCACUUAUCACGGUCUUCCACAACUACUCGGGGAAUGAAGGUGACAAGGACAAACUCAACAAAGGAGAGCUGAAGGAACUCCUAAACAGCGAACUCACCGACUUCCUCAUGUCUCAGAAGGACCCCAAUCUGGUGGAGAAGAUCAUGAACGAUCUGGAUUCCAACAAGGACAACGAAGUCGACUUCAACGAGUUUGUUGUGUUGGUGGCCGCGCUGACGGUGGCGUGCAAUGACUUCUUUCAAGAUCAACAGAAGAAAAAAGGACGAGACGGCAAAUAAAUCUGAUGCAUGAAAUACUUGAAGUACGUGAAGUACCGGAAUGUGUAAUGCUCUAUGAUGUAUUAAUUUUUU